AUGGUUCAGUCCGGCACCCCCAUCAUCGUGGACGGAAAGGGACACCUUCUCGGUCGUCUCGCCUCCGUCAUCGCAAAGGAGAUCCUGAACGGCCAGAAGGUCACUGUUGUCCGAUGCGAGGAGGUCAACGUAUCUGGCAGCUUCUUCAGGAACAAGCUGAAGUACCACGUCUACCUGCACAGGCGUCACGUCGUCAAGCCCACUCGCUCCGGUCCCUUCCACCACCGAGCUCCCUCUCGUAUCCUCUACAAGACCAUUCGAGGAAUGGUGCCCCACAAGACUGCCCGUGGUGCCGCCGCCCUUGAGCGUCUGAAGCUGUACGAGGGUAUGCCCCCUCCCUACGACCGCAAGAAGAAGAUGGUCAUCCCCGCUGCUCUCCGUGUGCUCCGUCUGAAGCCCGGCCGCAAGUACGCCACCAUCAAGCGUAUCUCGCACGAGGUCGGAUGGAACCACAAGGACACCGUUGACAAGCUGGAGCAGAAGAGGAAGAUCAAGGCACAGGCUUACAAUGAGCGCAGGGUGGCUUCGCUCAAGAAGCGUGCUGCUGGCAAGGAAGCUGCUGGCGCCGAGCUCAACCAGAAGCUCGCUGUCUACGGCCUAUAAACGCAUCGUCGGAUCCCCUGCAUCAUUGUGGUUUUCUCGAGCGUUAUACAUUGCACGUUACCUUCAUCGGCCGAUGUAGUCUUGUGAGCUUCGUUGGGACCUCAUAGGGGCGCACCUUUGCCUAGACGAAGUCACUUGAUGUGGUGACUACGACAAAACUUCACCUUCUCGUCGUGCGCCUUUCCCAUCCUCUCUUCAUCAUGUACUUUGACUCCCUUCUCAUCACCCCGACCAGCACCUCUUUUGGCCGCUUGGCCUUCUCGAUUCUAGCUUGUUUGUGCUUUACCCUGUAUGGGAAGUCCCUCCUUGCCAAGAUCAAUCGACACCAGAAUCAGCAGA